ACAGGCAGUUUGCACCGUGCAUCCAGUGUUCCAGAGCGUGUCUAUAACAUGGGGAUUACUGAAAAUGAUUUUGCACCAAGAACUCCCUAUGGUUUCUCAUAUUUCCAGUCAAACCAGGUGGCCUCACCAACCUCUUAUACAAAUGGCUGGGGGACACAGAUUGCUUACAAGACAAUGGAAGAGAGAGCUCAAAGGCAGCCCCUGAAGAGACUAGAGGUUUCACCACAACGAAAUCCUGAAAGACUGGCGUAUGUGUCCAAUGAUUUUCGCUAUGACAGAGGGAUUUCAGCUGGAUUCUCCAUGAGGCAUGGAGAUAGCAGGAGAUCCAUUGGGACGGUCCCACCAAGAUAUGCUCGGUCUGAGAUUGUUGGUUACACUCUUCGUGAUUCAGUGAACAGGGGACGCUCUUUUAAGAGACUCUCCCACAUGGGGGCAGUUAAUGAUGCCAUCCUUGAUGGUGUCUACCCCAGCCCCACUGUACCUCUGUACCAUCAAGCAGGCAACAGUCGCAGUAUGACCAACCUUUUGGAGAAAGAGAACUACCUGACCUCAGGCAGCGCGAUGGGACAAGUGAGAUCACCAAUUGCUACCCAUUUGGGGUCUCAGAACAGGCAAUCUUUAAGGUCCAGCUGGUACCAAACUACUCUCAGAAACACACAGACCAGGAGGGAACCUUCUCAGCCAGCUUCAGUAACCAGUGUCACUGCAGAAACAGAUGGGAAGAGGAUGCCAUUGACAGCUGCCAUGGCAGCAGCAGGAAGAAAUGGUUUCCUGCAGAGUGAACAAGUCACCAUCAAUGGAUCUCAGCUAGGGAGCCCAGAAGGGGACAUGACUCUGGAGCGUGCAGUGAGCAUACUGAAGAGUGAAAAUACACAAUCCACACCUAGGAUUCUUGCUGCAGUGACUUUCAUACAGCAUGAGUGCUUCCAGAAAGCAGAUGCCAGAAGAAAAGUUUUCUCACUUGGUGGUAUCCCCAGACUUUUACAGCUUCUUGACGUUCAGAAUGAGGACAUUCAGCGGGCAGCAUGUGGUGCUCUGAGAAACUUGGUGUUUGAGGACAAUGACAACAAACUGGAAGUGUCAGAGCAGAAAGGGAUCCCACUCUUGCUCCGCCUACUCCGACACACCAGGGAUGUAGAGACUAAAAAGCAAAUAACAG